CACAAAGUGCCGAAGAGGUGCAGUUUCAGGGACGGACGGAGAAAAUGGACUGUCCCCUUCAGGUCUUGAUCCUUGAGCUAAUUUCAACACUGCUGUUCUGGGAAGGUGCGUCACCUCUUAGACUCCCAGGAUAUGACCUGAGUGCUCCUGCCAAUGUGGUCGUAGAGGAAGGGCUCUGCACUAUUAUCCCCUGCAAUUUCACUUAUGACCCAUCAGAUGCCAGCCAGACUGCAACAUUGUAUGGAUUUUGGUUUGGGAAAAGAGGCUUUCCUGGGGAGCUUCCUUUAGUGGCCACCAACAGUGAUGAAAUGGUAGCAAGCUUUGCUGUCAAUCGCUUUCAUCUCAUUGGGAAUCUGAAAGAAGGAAACUGUUCCCUCCUCAUCUUCACUGCCGAAAAAAAUGAUUCAGGGAGCUACGUUUUCAGAAUGGAAAAAGGAUACAGAGCAAAAUUUACCUUUAAAGACAACUACCCCGAGCCAUUCCUGAAGGUGACAG